AUGACCAAUAUCUUCCAUAGCAAGAAGGGCGGCAGCAGCCAUACCUGUAGCCACCAUACCCGUGAUACCUACAGUGCUGUAACCACGGCCAAGCGCACCAUAGCCUUAGCCCCCACAGCCGUUGCUGUGCUAGGUCAUGGUGUCAGGGAGGAUGGUGCAGAAGAAGAUACUUCCCUGAGUUUGAAUAUCACUAUCUUCAUAAGCAAAACCUCAACAACCAACACCAUGUGUGGCAGCUACUACAGAGGCUGCGGCUACGGAGGCUGCGGCUACGGAGGCUGCGGUUACGGGGGCUGCGGCUACGGGGGCUGCGGCUACGGGGGCUGCGGCUACGGGGGCUGCGGCUACGGAGGCUGCGGCUACGGAGGCUGCGGCUACGGAGGCUGCGGUUACGGAGGCUGCGGCUACGGGGGACUGGGCUGUGGCUCUGGCUGUGGCUACGGCUGUGGCUCUGGCUGUGGCUACGGCUGUGGCUACGGCUGUGGCUACGGAUAUCGCUCCCGCUCUCUCUGUGGCUCUGGAUGCGGCUCUGGCUACGGCUCUGGCUUUGGCUGCUACUAA